CUCAAAAAAACAUCUGGAGCUGCCACUGGAGCCAACCAGCUCUGACAGUACACUGCACUUGGCCCCUAAUCCACAAGUGACGGGUGAUCCCAAGAAGCACCGAUGAAGAGGUCCCUAGGCCCUUCUCUUGACCUAGGUAGGUUGUAUAUCGUAGAUACUUUGUCAUCGAUCCAAUUCCUAUCUCUUUGUCUCUUGUGCCACUGACUCUAACGGCGUCCCUUUUGCAUGAAAUGUUAUUGGAUUUGGGGAAUUCAAUGAAAUAUUAUUGAGCUGCAUCAUGUUGAGGUGGAUUGAAUAUUUGAAUGGCAACACAAAGAGUGUAGAUGGAUGUCUAAUAGUGUAGUGCAGUGCCUCGGAUUUGUUGUACUCUUUGUCUUCGCUGCCGUGGAGAAGAUCAGUUUUGGAUUCCUAGUGCCUACGGGGGAAAGCUAUGCCCACCCAAAGCUAUGUUUCUUUCAUGUGGUGUUCAAGGCAGCAGCGUUGGCUUUCUACAUUCUUUCAGCUCUCUUUUUCAAUAGCUUUGUCAUCAUUUUUGUGACCACUGUUCUUCUUGCUGCUCUUGAUUUCUGGGUAGUCAAGAAUGUAAGUGGGCGAAUCUUGGUUGGUUUGAGGUGGUGGAAUGAAAUAAACGAUGAGGGUGAGAGCGUGUGGAAAUUUGAAUGCCUUGACCAAGAGUCAUUAGCUCGGAUGAACAAGAAGGAUUCCUGGCUAUUUUGGUGGACCCUUUACCUGACAGCAGGUGCAUGGAUUGUGCUUGGAGUAUUCUCUCUCAUAAGAUUUGAAGCUGAUUAUCUCCUCGUUGUAGGAGUUUGCUUGACCCUAAGCAUUGCCAAUAUUGUUGGCUUUACUAGAUGUCGCAAAGAUGCUAAAAAGCAGUUCCAAGCAUUUGCGUCUCAGACCAUCGCUUCUCGAUUCUCAUCCACAAUACAGUCGGCUUUCAGUGUAGUAUGAAUAGAAAUAUCACGUGAGAGAGACAAGGUGAUUGCCAAAUAUUGUGCCAAUUUAUUUGGCCCUUGUGAAUUUCUUGCCCUGUAAUAUCAUCAAUGUGGUUAUUCGGAUAAUAGUAGUUGUCACGCAUCGGAGAUUUAGCAUGCAAUUAGAUCUUUGAUGUAAAUGACCACAAGCAAGUACAUGGAUCCGGAUAACGUGUCAUUCCAUAUAUUCUCAUACACUUCUGAAAUUUAUGCAUUUCGUUACACUUCAA